AUGAAUAAUUUUGCCGGUUUACGAUUUCCAAGUACAAGUAACUUCUAUGAAAUAGCAAAUGAGCUUUUCCUAAGGUAUCCUUCUCUAAAACCUCGUCACUGCAAUGGCUCUAAUGUGGAUGAUGGUAUAACUCAAGAUAUUAUAAAAAGUAUAAAGAAUGAGUGUCAGAAACUGCGCCCAGAUAUAGAAUUUUUGGCUCACCAGAUUAUCUUGUCUAUUGAGGCAUUAAAAUAUACAUGCCAAAAUGAAAGAACUUUAGAUGUCCUCAAUAAAUUCCCAGCACUUUACUGUGAAAAAGUUCUUUUUGCAGCAGCAAGAGUUAUAACAAAUACAGAUAUUGACAAUAACUGCUUGUUAUUAUUGGGUAGAAUGAAGGAGGGAAUGAAGAAGUUAAUAGAUUUAAAAAAACCUUUGUCAGCUAGAUGGCAAACAUUAUGCAAUGGGAUUAGUGAUGCAACAAUAAAAAACCUUCAUUGUUUAAUUCUUCCAAGCAUUUUUUGUGACGAAGAAGCACUUUUGUUCACCAUGACGCUAGAUCCAAUCUAUCCAACCCCUGCUCUGAAAAUUGAAGAUGCUAUAAAUCCAACACGAAUAAGUCUUGUAGUUGACGGGCUGACACUAAGCAAUUCUGUUCCUGAUGUAACUUGUGGUUUGGGUCUCGUCAUCUGCUCAUAUUAUAUUUUUGAUAUUGCGUAUCCAAAGAAAUUACAAAAAACCCUGUCUUUUCUAGAACAUUACGUUUUUGAGCGAAGGAGUAAACUUCCUGCCAACAUUCAAAACAUUGCUAGUUUUUUGAACUUAUAAUAUUAAAUUAUAAAACUUAAUAAUAUAUUAAUAUUAUUAAUUUGUUUCAAAAUCUUUAUUUAAA